UCAUUUCAGGACUUUCAUUCAGGCUUUCAGUCAGGUCAGGCUUACACUUCGACCUCAGUUUCAGAAAGUAAAGUUUGUUUAGUAGUAGUGGAACUGGAAAGUCCAAUUGCAAUUAUUAAUAUAAACUCAUCGAUCGUUUCUUUUACAUUUUUUAUAGUUAGUCAUAUUUAUUCGUGUUGUGUAUUAUUAAACUCGGAUAACCUAAAUAAAAGUAUCUAGAAUUUAUUGGUUAAAGUUGGAAAUACAUAAAUUCAAAUCAUGCUAGAAGUAGCAAAUAGGUUAAGAUUUCUAGGAAAACAUUUGUUAAACAUUCAACAUGCGGGACAGGUUCAGAUAGGUUCCACAUCUUCCAGCUUGCAAGUUCGUUUCUUACAGUUGUGGCCUGACUGGAGGAUGAAGAAGGAUGUCAGAAAGCGCAAAGCUCUAGAAGAUAAUUAUGGACUGAAACUGAGAUUGAAUGCUAUGAGAAGAACUAAAGUUUUACCACCUGAAUUACGAGAGCUUGCCUCUGAAGAUUUUCACAAAAUGCUGCCAAAUGAUGUAAAAGGCUUAAAAACUGUUCCACGAUGUGUGAUAACUUCAAGACCUAGAGGCAACGUUCUGCGUUGGAGGCUCAGCAGGAUAAUGUUUCGUCAUCUUGCAGACUACAACAAAAUGGCUGGGAUUCAACGUGCCAUGUGGUGAUUUGUUCUAUUAGUUUUGUACAUCAUGUAAUUCAUUUCAUUAAGUAAAAUAAAUAUCAAUUAGACUAAGA